ACCUCAAAGUUAAACUGAUUUCAAUUUUGGGUUAUAAUGGACAAUGCUCACUGCUCAGACCUGAAGUUCACAGACAAAAACCCGAAAGGAUUGAAGUUUGAUCAAUCGACGCAAUUUUGAUUCUAAGCAAUCAUAUACCCAUUAGAAGCAAAGGAGAGAAAAAAGGCCCAAAAGAAGAUAAUGGAGAAAGUGAUGAACAUUAUAAAGCCGAAACCAAACCCACAGCAGCAAUUGAGAGAUUGGCAGCGUAGACUCCGUCAAGAGUGUCGCAACAUCGAGCGCCAAAUCCGAGAUAUACAGAGAGAAGAGAAAAAUGUACAAAAAGCAAUCAGAGAUGCUGCCAAGAGGAAUGACAUGGUUUCUGCUAAGGCACUUGCUAAGGAAAUUGUGCGAUCUAGAAGAACAGUAAACCGACUUUAUGAAAAUAAGGCACAAAUGAAUUCAAUAUCAAUGCACCUUGGUGAAAGUGUGGCAAUUGCUCGUACAGUGGGCCAUUUAUCCAAGAGUGCUGAGGUGAUGAAGCUUGUCAAUAAUCUCAUGAAGGCUCCAGAAAUGGCUGCUACAAUGCUAGAGUUUAGCAAAGAAAUGACCAAGGCAGGGGUGAUUGAAGAAUUUGUGAAUGAUGCUGUUGACAAUGCACUGGACUCGGAAGACAUUGAAGAGGAAAUUGAGGAAGAAGUUGACAAGGUCUUGACUGCUAUAGCUGGUGAGACUGCUGCACAGCUACCAGAAACAGUCAGGAAGGAGAGAGUGAAGCAAUCAGCUGAGACAGCAAGAACAACCGAGGAGGAAGAAGCCAUUGCUGAGGGCGUUGAUGAUGAAGAAGAACUAGAAGAAAUAAGAGCCCGACUUGCAAAAGUUAGAUCUUAAUUUGACCCUUAAGAGUCCCUUACUCUUAUUCUGGUGAAUUAAAGUGGGGCUUCGAGCACAUAUAACUUGCAUGUAGGCGUUGAUCACAAUGAAAUUGCUGCAGACUGAAACUGUAUUCACCAUUGACAGUGAGUAAAUGAGAUAAAAAGAAAUGUUUGUAUUAUAUAUUGAAAGCAGCUUUUCCUAUAUACUCAAAAGUUAUUAGCUGCAAUGUAUAUCAUACCUAACUUGAGGCAUUGUUGUUGAUACCGGUCUAACUCCUUAUUUGUAUAAAAAAAAAAAUGGAAUGGUUUGUGAAUAAAUCAUUUCAUGGACUGUUUGAUAG